AUGCAAAAAUCAACCGCCAUUCCACUGCCUGUCUUGCCGGAAGAACUCAUCGGCGAGAUCCUCCUGAGUCUUCCGGUGAGGUCCCUCCUUCAAUUCAAGUGUGUGUGCAAAUCAUGGAAAACUCUAAUCUCCAGUUCCCAAUUCGUAAAAAGCCAUCUUCAAAUCUCAACGGCGGAUCGAACCUUGACCAACCAAGCAUGGGUGUUUUCCAUUACUAGAGGACCACGGAACACUGUAUCCUAUCCUUUGAAGCAAUUGUUCGAAAACCCAGCAGCCACUGUUAAACGUGGUACCUCCUUCUACACAGAGGUAAAGUCUUAUUGUAUUAUAGGUUCAUGCAACGGGCUCUUGUGUCUGCUUCAUUGCCUUCCACGUUGUGUCAGACUGUGCAAUCCUUCUCUCCGGAUGAUAUCGAAAACAUCUUCUGUACCUGUUUCACGAAAUUGGUUCAUUAAGCCGUAUGGCUUUGGAUAUGAUCAAGUUAAUGACAACUACAAGGCGCUACUAGUUGUGCAAAGUAAUAAACAUUAUCAUCAAAUUUUGACCAAAAUAUAUACCUUUGGUCAAGAUGAUUCCUGGAAAACAAUUCCCAAUUUCCCUUAUAAUGAUACUAUGCGUACUGGGAAAUUUGUUAGUGGUACUCUGAAUUGGAUAGUUUCUAGUAAAAACAAGAUUCUUUCCUUUGAUAUCGAGACAGAGACUUACAUGGAACUGUUGUUACCUCAAAAUGAUGGUCACAACAUUGUCUACAAACAUAGUGCGCUGUCUGUUUUGAGUGAUCACCUUUGUUUGUCCCACUCUGAUAAUUGUGAUUGGGUUUUGUGGAUGAUGAAAGAGUAUGGAGUUGUUGAGUCAUGGACUAAGUUCAUCGUCGUUUCUUAUGACAAGCUCCUCCAGAACAACCCUUGUAUGGUUGAGCUAAUGUUCAUAUCACAAAAUGGUAUUCUAAUGGUACUAAUCCAUAAUUACGAGCUUAUCGUAUAUAACACAAAUACUGGUGUUGCCUUUAGAACUAUGAAGAGAGUUAGGUAUCCAUGUUUUCACUGUGAGAGUUUGGUAUCACUGCCAUGUUAA